AUGGAAGAGAUUCCGGAGAGAGGCGAACUGCGGAGAAUUCAGAGAGAGCAAGAGAGGGAGAGAAGGCGGAUACGAGAUCGACAGAGGAGGCAAGCGAUGACGCAAGAACAAAGGGAAAGACACCUUGCGCGACGGAGAAGAAACUAUCAACUUCGCAGACAACGAGCGGCGAAUACAAAUGGGAAUGCUAGUAAUGUUAAUGCUCCUUUCAUUUCUCUUCCUCUUAACCCUCUUACUCUAGAAUCAAGUGCUGGUGAAGCAAGUACUAGUGAUGAAUUUCAAGGUGCUAAUUCUUCUACUUCACUGGACUAUAGAGUGCUUAGUCGUGGUAUUGGUAUUCCUCGUUAUGGACAAGAAACAUUGAAUUUGGAAACAAAAGUUUCUCAUGGUUCAUCUGUUAACGUGGAAACUCUAGUUUAUAGGCUAGAUAGUUCUCCAAGGUUGCGUCUGAAACAAAUUAGACAUCUUGCAAGAAAUCUUACAGGUUUAGUGGUUGAUUCUGCUGGUACUGACCAGGUUGCAGUUGAUUUGAAAACAAAUAAAGAAGUAUCCAUCGGUGAUUCGAGUGAGUAA